AGUGUGACAGGUCGCUGGAAUAUACGACCGCAAAAAAUAGAACGAUAUUUCUAAGGGGCUAUCUAACAGUGCAGUAUUGUGACAGUUUAGUUAAAGACAUGAGAAGGGGAUUCAUUUUGAAUUCAAAGACCCAGAGGUUUUACAAUGCCUGACCACGAUAAAAAGGCAAAGCAAACAGACAGGACAACAGAAAAGAAAGUGAAGGGGAUCCCUGACAGGGAAUUUUCUGAUCUUAAAAGACUGUUGUCUAUUCUUACAGUUCCAACAAAUAAACGCCAGUUGCCAGCUGUGAGCCAUAACAGUGUCCGCAGCAGUGCUAUAAAAUCUCAUCAGCAAUGCUCCUUAGCAAAGAGCAGUGGAAACAGAAACAAGAGCCAACAUCAGCAACCCACUGAGGCAGCUGAACUGGAAACCUUUAGUUCAACUUACAGAAAUGAAAGAAGUUUUAGCAGCCUGCCACAUCACAAACUGUUUCUGGAAAUAUUCAGAGCCCUGGUUAAGAACAGACUUACUUGCAGUGAGUGGAUUAAUCAAGCCCCUCCUGAUAACUUCCUGCGAGUGUUGAUAUGUCUGCGAUUACUAAUGAGAGAGACAUUUUACCAGAAAGAAUUUCAUGAGCUUCAAGGGGUUGUUUGUCUUGCAAAGUACACAGAGACAGUUGCAAAUGGAUAUCUGGAAUGUGGAGAACAGCUGUUUCUUGUGGACAGACUGGUCAAUAUAACAUAUAUAUUUCAAAAACUGGCUGCAGUUGCAGAGCAAAGAGAAUGGAUUGUUGCAUCUGGGGCUCACAAGACUUUAGUCAAACUCCUUGCAGCCAGGGACAACAGUGUACUGUUGGGUGCUCUUUUGGCUCUAACUAGCUUAGCAGAAAGCCCAGAGAAUAAAAUGAAGAUAGGAGAGCUCGCCAUUGUGGAAAACCUGUUGAUGAUGUUACAGGAAUAUGAUUUGCUCUCAAAAAGGAUGGCAGCUGAGCUGCUCCGGCUUCUCUGUGCAGAUGCCCAGGUGAGGGAGCAGGUGAAGGUCUAUGAAGGGGUUCCCAUUCUGCUGAGCCUGCUUCACUCGGAGCACCUUAAGCUGCUGUGGAGUGUGGUGUGGAUCCUGGUGCAGCUCUGUGAGGACCCCGAAACCAGUGCAGAGAUACGGAUCUGGGGGGGCAUCAAGCAACUUCUGCAUAUUUUACAGGGAGACAGAGAAUUUGUAUCUGAUCGGUCCUCAAUCGGAAGUUUAUCCAGUGCAAACGCUUCUGGAAGAAUUCAGCAGCAGCACAUAUCAGAAGAGCUGAGUCCUCAAGAGAUCCGGGAAAACAUAGUGUCACUGCAAGCAGCCUGCUGUGCUGCUCUGACGGAACUUGUUCUAAAUGAUACUAAUGCUCACCAAGUUGUCCAGGAAAAUGGAGUGUAUGUAAUAGGAAGGUUAAUUCUGCCACAUAAGCAAAAGAUUGCACCAAAAAAAGAAAUGCUGCAGUGCUAUGCAUUUAGGGCUUUGCGUUUUCUCUUCAGUAUGGAAAGAAACCGACAUCUCUUUAAAAGACUUUUUUCUGCAGAAAUGUUUGAGAUGUUUAUUGACAUUGGACACUAUGUUCGCGACAUCACUGCCUAUGAAAACCUGGUCGCUAUAUUUAAUACAUUUUCGGAUGAGGAACUAAAUCAAAUCAAAGAAAGCAUUGAGACCGUGAACCAGAACAAAGCUCCUUCAAAAAUAAUCAAUGGUUAUGCAAUUUUAGACCACCUUGGAAGUGGAGCUUUUGGCAGUGUUCAUAAGGUAAGGAAACACGGUGGACAGAACUUGCUUGCCCUGAAGGAAGUUAACCUGCACAAUCCUGUCUUUGGGAAAGAUAAGAAUGAUCGAGACAGCAGUGUGGAGAAAAUUGUGUCAGAGUUGACCAUAAUCAAAGAGCAGCUGCAACAUCCAAACAUAGUCAAAUAUUACAAGACCUUCUUAGAAAAUGACAGAUUGUUAAUAGUUAUGGAGCUAAUAGAAGGGGCUCCUCUUAGAGAACACUUCAAUUCUCUCAAGGAAAAGCAGCAACAGUUUACAGAAGAACGAAUCUGGAAUAUUUUUAUACAAAUAUGUUUAGCACUGCGUUAUUUGCACAAAGAGAAAAGAAUUGUACAUAGAGACCUUACACCAAACAAUAUCAUGCUGGGUGAAAAGGAUAAAGUAACUAUAACUGACUUUGGCCUUGCAAAGCAAAAACAGGAAAACAGCAAGCUUACGUCAGUGGUUGGGACCAUUCUGUACUCCUGCCCUGAGAUUGUGAAGAGUGAGCCAUAUGGAGAAAAGGCUGAUGUCUGGGCAGUGGGGUGCAUCCUUUAUCAGAUGGUUACUCUAAACCCACCCUUCUACAGUACGAACAUGCUUUCACUGGCGACUAAAAUAGUUGAGGCUGUUUAUGAACCAGUCCCAGAGGGAGUCUACUCUAAAAAAGUGACAGACAUCAUUAAAUGGUGUUUGACCCCAGAUGCUGAGUUACGUCCAGACAUUGUGGAAGUCAGUGCCAGGAUCUCAGAUGUCAUGAUGAAAUAUGUAGAUGGUUUGUGCAUGUCCCAGCUUGCCCUGGAGAAGAAACUCGACAGAGAGAGGAGACGCACACAGAAGUACUUCCUUGAGGCAAACAGGAGCGCGUUGAGCUGUCCUGUAUUAUCACAGGAGCCUUAUGAUAAAUCAAGCAGUCUGAGCAGUAGCAGCGGAGCUGCCAGCAUUAAGAGUGAAUCAUCAGAAAUGACUGAAACUCCAUCGUACAGUUUUCAAACCAGUCCAGCGAAAGAGAGGGAUGAUAAACCGAAUGAGGGUUACUUUCCAGAGGAUAACUGUGCUUCAGAGAGCACUGAACGGGGUUCUGAUGAAGAACUGGAUACAUCUGAUACAUCAAACAGCUCCACUUCAAGCCCUAGUAAGGAUUUAGCUUUGAGAACAAUCAAAAGGAGUGUAAGUGCCUCUGGAACUGAAGGACACCACACUGGAUGUGGAGAUUUUGUUGUACCUAGCACAAAACCUCGGCCAGCAUCUGCUGGAAUUGCAGUGUCACAAAGAAAAGUGCGUCAGAUAAGUGAUCCGAUCCAGCGCAUUCUCAUUCAGCUGCACAAAAUGAUCUAUAUUACACAGCUUCCACCUGCUUUGAACCACAACUUCAAAAGGAGGGCAAUUGAAAGGUUCAAAAAAUCACUUUUCUGUCCACAGAGUAACCCAAGCAACUUAAAAGUAGAAAUAAAAAAGCUUCUGCAAGGCUCUCCAGAAUUAAUAGAGUCCAUCUUCAUAAGUACAGAUUGCCGAUUUUUAUGUCAUUCCUUAGGGGGAAAUUCAAUUGUCCCUGAAGAUAAGGCAGGUAACACCUGCAAUGUUGACUAUCAAGAAGGCGUAACAUAUGAACAGAUGCAGACCAUGAUUGAAGAAGUUCUGGUGGAAAAUGGAUACUAUAGUGUAACAUCAAAUAGGAAUCUUUCCUAUCCAUGGGGAAGCAAGAAUGUUCUUGCUGCAAGGAGAUAAUUACUGUCUAACAGUGUCUGUGAUACUAUUGCAAGUGGAAGUCCUCAUACUGCCAAUACUGCACUGAAUAGAAAUGUGCUUCCCAACCAUGCCAGUGGUAAUCAAAGAGCCUUAAUAUAUGAGGGCUUAUCUCUAGGUCCCUUAUGCAAUGAACCCUAAUUAACCUAUUGUCACAAUACUUUAAUUGUGAUAUUCAUAUAUAGAGUAUAUCCUAUGAUAUUGCAUCUAAGAAAUGCUAAUGAGAAUAAUGUGCAAAGCAACUAAUAUGAAUAGCUUGAAGGUUAUGGAUGAAUAUGUCCUUUCAAAUCACUACAACUGGCAAAUAGUCUACAAAGGCCAAUUAACACCAUCCAUGUGUUUCCAUUGAAAAUGUAUUGAAAUUUUGUUAGAAAAAUCUUUCGAAGGAAGAUUAUACAAAGCUUCAUUUUACAGCUGACGGAAUUUACAAUGGAUCCACAACAGAUUAAUUUACCCAGUUGGACCUUUAAUUAUCCACGAUGAAGGUCUUGAAAAUAAACACAUAUUUCAUAUAUUGAAAUAUGAAAUAUAUUGAGAUACAUAAACUUGUAGGACCCAAUCCAUUAUGCUUCCUGGCUUUUUUUUCAUAACAGCACUAAUGAUUCCAAUACUGGACAAAAAAUUCGAAACAUGUAUAUAUUGGGCCUGAUUUUGAUGAUGGGGCAAACCUCCAAACGCAAGGACAAAAUGCUUUCGCCCCUGAUUUUGAUGAAAAAACACUGCGCAAAUGGGAGCAAACCGCCUUUGCCCUGUAAUGGGAUUUUGGUGGCAUAUUUUGCCCGGUACGCUAGUGUCAGUGAUCGGCAUAACUGUCGGGAUAUGGCCUCAUUUGCAUGUUAACUUUGAGCGGUUUUGAUGAAGUAAUUUAUUCUAGAGUGUUUUACAUUUGAACAUGCAGUUAAACAUUAGUUGUGUGGCAUCUUCACAAAAGAAUAUUCACUCAAAAAAUACAUGAUCUGGAAUAAUUAAUUCACAGUACUGGCUUAAUAUAAUUUAAAGAAAUAUUUUUUGUUUGUCAGAAUUUUUCAGAGCAGCAUUAAAAUAUAUGAAGCCAGUAGGAUCAUUCUGCCUGUACAGUGUCACUUUGACAUCCUAAAAGCUGUAUUGGAGAGACUUGAUUUAUACCUAGUGAUACUGUGAAAAGUUAAUCCAUUCAAGUAAUGUAUUGGAUUAGCAAAUAGCUGAACUUAUAACGAUGUAAGCAGUAGACAAAGUUAAGUAUUGAUCCCCGAUCUGUCCUACAGACAGCAUUGUAUGCAGUUGGCAAAUGGGGGAACUCUGGUUAGGUGUUACUGGCAUUUUGUAAAACUAUAGCAUACAAAAAAUAGUCAUGUUUUCUAAAUCUAGACUCCUUCAGAAUGAUUUAUUGGAUAUAACUUUUUGAUUUCUUAUGAGGAAAAAGUUAGGUGCAAAACAGGAAAUGUAUUAUAAUUAUAAUUGAAGUACCGAUAACUGAUUUAACUAUGCCACCUGAGUUAACAUACGUUUUUUAAUACUUCAAGUGCUAAUAAACAUUAGUUAGUAUGUGCAUUUUGUCUCAGUUGAAAUUGAAUUGAAUUAAAUGUAAAAUUUAGUAAAGGUUAACUGUUUACAAUGUACCGCUGUUGAAUUUUAGGACAGCUACAGUACUUUGUUUUGCCACUGCACCCUGAUAUAAAAUUAGGUUUAUAAAAAAAUAAAUAAAAAUAAAAAUAGUUCUUAAAUAUAAAGCCCAUAUUUCAUACCUGCAUUUAGUAGUUUAUUCCUGGUCAUUUAAUAUUUUUAAGUGCAGCUUUUCUUUGUGUGUUGGAUUUGAAACGUAUGUGCGGUUAUUCAAAAGACUGACAGCAAAAUAAUAAGUGCAUAUUCAAAUUUAAAACAUGUAGGACUAAAUUACUUCCAGAAAUUAUGAAGUAUGAGGUGUAUGCCCAUGUGUUUAAAAAAAAAAAAGUUUCAUAGAUAUUUGUAUUUUUCACAGCUGCUCUAAAGUUAAUGAAUCUCAAAUAAGCUCUAUAUUGCAGAGGCUGGAAGUAUAAAAAUAAUGUUUGUGAAUAUCCAAAACACUGCAGUCACAUAUGCCAAAAUUGUUCAAUGAAUGUAAAUAUUUCUGAAUACUGCAUUAAAAAAUGGUGCUAUAGCUAUAAAACAGCUUUUUGCUCAUCAAAAUCACAGCAAUAAGACAAAUACUAGUGCUGUUGGUUUCUUAAAGGGAAUGUCAGUUGCUCCUGAUUUGCAAGCAGCUUCUGAACAGAAUUUUGCCUGCAGAAAAUAUAAUGGACAAAACACACUGAAAAAUCUAAAUGAAGUAGAUGGCGUAAUCCUGUGCAAACAUAAAGCUCUUUGUCCUUACAUUUGUGUUUUACCUGAUUUCCUCAAAAUUGGGCCUAUUAUAUUUUCUGUAAAUGAGCUGUCCUUCACCUGACUGAUUCAUUUGUUAUUGCAGGUGGAAUCCCUUACAUGUAUAUUGUAUUCUAAGCAAAUACUUUUGAAUUUCUUCAGAAACUUGGUUUACAGUGCAUUUGUACAUAGGAAUACAAUAUCUGUAAUUUAAGAGCACAAGCACAAGUGUUGAAUAGUGAAAAUAAAGAAAAGUAGCAUUAAGCUGUGGCAGUGACCCAGACUGCACAAAAUACUGAUGCUUCACAAGGAACAGUCACUGUAGUAAUUGCUCUAUAAGGCCUUUCUGGAGAAGGCUUUUCUGCAGAAACAUUGUAAAAUAUCCCUUACAACUUAAGCACUUUGCAUACUCAUCACAUCAAAUCAGUAGCUCCCUGGCUACCCAUGGUGGCCCUACAGAGUAGUGAAAACAUGAAUGCAUACUGUAACUUCCUACAGCUUGGAAAAAUCAUUGUUGGUGGACAUCAAAUCCAGUACUCAACUAAGGCUUCAAAUCCUUGGGUCACUUUUGUUCAUGAGUUAAAUAUAAUAUUAAACAUGUCUUGAAGACAACAUUCUUUCACCAUGGCCUCCCCCAAAGGAUUCUGAGAGGCUGAUGGAUGCUCUUACUGUAAAACCUACAGUAAUUCUCAGGAAUUUCAGAUCAGAGAAGUUUAAAUCAAUCAAUGUAGUUAUUUACUUUCACUACACCAUAUCUAUUGAAAUAAAGUUAAGAAAAAAAUUGUAAUAUAUUUUGAUUUUAAAUAAAGUGUAAGAAAUAUAAAAUCAGUUGCAAGGAAGUUUUCAAUGAAUUUUAUUGUAAUAUCUGAACAUAACAUUUAGGUCAUCAAUCUUGGUUUGUAGAUAUUUGUUUUGUUUUUGCAUUUUUUUAGGUGAAUGGGGCUGUAAAUAGUUUUACUAGAUUUAGAUGGUUUAUUCUAUUAAAAAGGGAUGGUGUUUGGCUAAUGUUUGCAUUGGGCUACUUUGCCUUAUUUGUAUUAUUUUUUUAUUACCCUUCCUUGGUGUGCAGAACAGCUAGAUACUUACAAUUAAUCAAACAUAUUCUGAAGAGUGCCUUUGUAAAUUUGAGUGUACUUACUUUUUUACCAUUUCUUGCACAUAUCCUGGUGUUACAUUUCUAUCUGUGAAAGAGAGUAUGUUUUGGUCUCUGUGUCCAAAGCUUUGAUAUUUUGAUUUGUUAAUGCAAUUUGUCUAGGAUGUACCACUUUUUACACUGAAAUAUACUGUAUGUGGUCAGUGGUUUUCCAAAAAGAUACAAUGGCGAAAUGCAGCCUACAGGUGGAAUCCCCUUCAAAAACAAGCCUUUAGCAAGAAAAUAUAUAGAGCAGUUUUAUACGCUGCCCUUCAUUAACAAGAUUCAUUUUUCCAUUGUUGUGAAAUCCACUAUAAUGAAGUUAAUCACCCAGAGGUGUUUAUUUCUAGUUUGGAAGUGUUAUAGCUUUUUAUUGCUGCUUUGCACUUCAGAAAAAAAAACAACCUUGUGUGUUGUUUACUGUGCAGGGACUCUAUCAUAAUUAUCUAAAGAGCAGACACACUAGACUAAACCUGCUCUUUCACAGACCCCAUUCCACCCUGUUAUUGUAUUGUGAAAUGAUAGUAAGGAGAUUUAUUAAUUAACGCCUUUUAAUACUGGUGGUAGUAAAGGGUGUCAAUAUUUAGAUUUGCUUCUGUUGAGAGACCUUCUUAUUUAAACAAGUUUAGCUUUAGGUAACUUUAGUAUAUCAGUAUUAGGGUCAUUCACUUUAUUGGUAAGUCUACAACAGUGCACAGCUGUACAAUAUUUAAAUAAAGAUAUAAUAUAGAGUACAGAUUUACCUGUAGGCGCUUCAAACACAUCAAUAUAGUGGAAAGACCCCUGAGCAGAUUACAGGCAGUUGUGAAAUGUACAUGAUCUGAAAAUCUGUGUGUUGUUACCACCUUUUUUUCUGUUUGUUUGUGAGUGAGGGAUUUUUGUACUUUGAAAUGUGUGAGGUGCAUCUGUGAGUUUUAUUUAAUAUUAUUCAAAAUGUAUUCAACCUUUAAUUUGCACAGUAAUAGCGCAUUUUCACAAGUCAUAUUUUAAAGUUAUUGAUGCCACUUAAUUCCAUAAUUAAUAUGUCAAUUACCACAACCUCAGUGCUUUUCUGACAUCUAUACAUUUCUUUCAUCAUGGACACAAAUGUCUAUCCUAGUAACAUGGCUUUUUAAAGAGUAAGUAACAGGGUUCCGAAAAGUAUAGUGUUACAUUCUGACCCACUAAAAGUUUACAGUUCAUGAAAAGUACACCUUGGACACACUCUAUUAUCCCUUUGUG